UCAUCAUCAUGUCCUCCUCCUCCUCCUCUGCCUCCGGUUCCCUCCAAGAGCUCACAACUACCUUUACCAAGCUCCAAACCCAAUACACCACCCUAAUCGAAGCGCGACAACGUCUAGACUCACAGCUGAGCGAGAAUGUCCAAGUGCAAAAGGAAUUCAAGGGGCUUAAAGAGGAGAAUCAAGUUUAUAAGUUGAUUGGACCUGUACUUAUGAAGGUUGAACAGGUGGAGGCGAGGGGAAAUGUGGAUAAGAGGAUCGAGUAUAUUAGAGGGGAGAUUAAGAGGGUGGAACAACAAAUAGCAGAAGUCGGUGGGCAGACGGAGAGCAAGAGGAUGCAAAUCAUCAAGCUUCAGCAGGAACAGCAGAGAAGUGCUGCAGGCGCGGCAGGGUGAAAAGGAACGACGCUGAAGUCGAAGGGACGGGAUUGGAACACCUCUGCGGAGAAGCUGCAAAAGGGUGAGGAGCCAAUUGUACUUGUAACAAAUACAAUGAUAUAGACUGUGAUACUCAGAAAGACACGACUCAGCCAGACGACAGGGUUGGAACUCUCCUUAUCUUCUCUGGUGGGUGUGGACUGCUGCUAGGCUUUGAUGACGACGCUCGCUGCGAUGCGAUGUGCCGAAUAUUCCUAUUGGCGUUGGCGUCGUCCCUUGCCCGCGCUUCCUGCCGCCCGUGGUCCCCUGUUCGCUCAUCGCACGGUUGAAUGACCGGCGAAUGCUUCGAUAGCCAUGCCGG